CUUUAAAUCUAAGUGGUAGUCAGGCGUUGUUUAAUUAUACCCUACCUAUUAAAUAGGCAACAGAAAAUGAGAAACGUUGAAAUUAAAGGGAAAAUAAGAGACUACGAUAAGAUCUGUAAAGUCGCAGAAGAAUUAAGUGGUGGUCCGCCAACAUUGAUCAAGCAGAAUGACAUAUUUUACAAAGUUAACAACGGUAGAUUAAAAAUGAGAUUUUAUGCGGACUCCGCUGCCACCCUAGUGCGAUAUGAUAGAAGUAAAGAAAAGGGCCCGAAAUUAGCGAAUUACGAAUUAUUACAAUUUACCACUGCAGAAUACGAGAAGGCUAAACUUUUGGAUGAUAUGUUGAAGAAAUGCUUGGGAGCGCAAGGCCGUGUUGUGAAAGAACGAAAACUGUACAUGGUUGGCCAGACACGUAUACACAUAGACACAGUUAAAGACCUAGGACACUUUAUGGAGCUAGAAGUAGUAUUAGCUCCGGAACAGACAGUUGAAGAUGGUCAGAAGAUCGCUUCCGAACUCCAAAAAAAGCUUGGUGUACAGAAUGAGGAUCUAAUUGAUAAUGCUUAUGUUGAUAUGUUACUGAAGGAAUAAUGUCUUGCAAAUCUUUCUACAUCAAUUAAAAAUUGUAAAUCGUAGUUUCAUAUUAGCAAUAAUGACACUUUUUCAGUGAGCUGAAACACUAAUACAUUUGGAAGGUGUUAAACUAGUUCCUUGAUAAGGAAUUAAUACCCAUUUUUUUUCUGUCAGGGUAGACAGUUUGUAUACAGAGUACCUGACAAUCAGUGGUCACCGUCGCAUAUGGAUGUCAG